AUGCAGCUCAACCUUCUCGCCCUCGCUCUGUCCGUUGCGACAGCCGAGGCCGCUUACAAGGGCUUCAACUAUGGUGCUACCAACGGUGACGGUAGCACUCGUGUCAAGGCCGACUUUACUGCACAGUUCCAGACCGCCAAGGGUCUCGUUGGAGCCCCCGGCAUGACCAGCGCUCGUCUCUACACUAUGAUCCAGGGUGGCACCACGAACUCUCCCAUUGAGGCCAUCGAGGCUGCCAUUGAGGAGCAGACCACUCUCCUGCUUGGUCUCUGGACCUCCGGCGGUGGUAUCGACAACGAAAUCGCUGCCCUCAAGAACUCCAUCAACCAGUACGGCGACGAUUUGGCCAAGCUCGUGGUUGGUAUCUCCGUCGGUAGUGAGGACCUCUACCGUAACUCCCCCACCGGUAUCAAGGCCCACUCCGGUCCUGGUAUGAACCCUGACGACCUGGUUUCCGCCAUCAAGGCCGUCAAGGCUGCUGUUGCCGGUACUUCCCUCGGCAGCUCCCCCAUCGGCCAUGUCGACACCUGGAACGCAUGGACCAACAGCUCCAACUCCGCCGUCAUCGACGCCGUCGACUUCAUCGGCUUCGACACCUACCCCUUCUACCAGACCACCGAUGACAACUCCAUCGACAACGCUAAGAGCCUGUUCGAUGAGGCCAUGCAGAAGACCAAGCAGGCUGCUGGUGGCAAGCCCAUCUGGGUGACCGAGAGCGGUUGGCCUGUCAGCGGCCCCAGCGAGGGCGCCGCCGUGGCCUCCAUCCCUAACGCUAAGAAGUUCUGGGAUCAGGUUGCUUGCAGUCUGUUCGACUCCGAUAUCAACACCUGGUGGUACAUCCUGCAGGACUACCCUGCCAGCCCCAGCUUCGGUGUCGUCGGCCAGCAACUCACCACCAAGCCUUUCUCUACUCCUGUCACCAAGACUGCUUGGGGUGUCUCUCCUAGCGUUACCGGCUCUGUCUCCCGUUCCGCUUUCCGCACCAGCAUGACCUCCACUCCCUUGCAGCUCCCCUCUGCUUCUGCCGUUGGCCAGUUCAACGCUGCUGCCCGUCCUACCGGCUCCAUCUUCGGUGCCGUUAUUGCCGCUUUUGCUCUUGCGAUCAUUGUCUAA